CGCACCCCCUUCCUCUUAGGAGGAGCCCUUCACCAUGAGCGAAAUCAAGAGACGCACGCGCACUGGCUGCCUCACGUGUCGGGCCCGCCGGGUCAAGUGCGACGAGCGCAAGCCGACAUGCAACCGGUGCACCAUCGCCAACGUUGAGUGUGCGGGCUACGCGCCCAAGAGGCAGAUCGAUGUGCGUGCGCCAAACCGCCAUCGCGGCGCGUCUCACUCGCAGCAGAACUCGCCGGCCGAUGACAAUGACAGCACUGUCGUCGACGACGAGUUCCAGGUCUCGCCGCAAAACCAGGGCCUCGGCGCCGGUUCCACCCCCUCCGGACCACCCUCCGGCCCGGCGAGCGGCCCGUCGUCCGGCAUAUCCGCUCAUCCCGCUCUUCCCCGGCCGCAGUUCCGUAUCGAUGGCUUGCCGCUGGUUGGUCUGCCCAGCAACCCACGCAUGUCGAAUCGUCCCUGUGCCGCCGCCAGAGAGGUCCUGUCUUACCACCAGUUCUUCUUCCGGACGCUACCCAUGCUGUUCCCGGCUGACCGAUUGCCUUUCUGGAGAGACCGCCUAUGUGAAGAGGCCUUGAUCAUCGAGUAUGCCCAGAGAGGGAUUCUGGCGCUGGGGUGUAUGCAUCGCGCUUCCCUCAUGAUUGCCAUGCUUGGGGAGAACGACCAGAACCGCGGGCUGGACACCAAGGUGAUUGCCGUUCAGGCAUACACAAAGGCGUUACAGGAACUAUCAGGCUGUCUCGAUGAGGCCGAAAAGUCUCUAGACGUUUUAACGGCCGUGUUGGUGCUCAUGGCCUACUUUGAAUGCUUUGCGGGCAACAUCCCGGCUGCUUAUGGCCAUGUCCGCACAGCUCACUACUACUUCACAGCCCUCAGGUCUAAUACAUCGCUUCGUGUAGAUGACCUUGCAAUGGAGUCUUUGGAAACUACUCUGCAAACCCUUGCAUGGACCUGCUACAUGGCGGUACCGCUUCCCGGUAUGCUCCUCUCUAUUGGCCAUACGAUGCCUACCAGUCAUAUUGCAUUAAAUGCCUUUGAUCUACAACGCAGCUUGCUUCAGAUUCUCGUUGACUCUGGGGCACACGAUGAGAUGUGGAAUCUCUCACCAACUCGACAAGAUCCAGCUGUACUGUUGGAAAAGGUUUACCGAUUACAGCGCGAUUUGCGAGAGUGGAGGGGCGUCCAUAGCCAUCUCCAUCCGAACCUUGAAACGGACACAGCAUCCCUAACCAGUCUCGGCAGCUCAGAAGAGGUUCAUUUUCCCAUCCCCCCGUCACCAUUCCUGCCAAUGCCCCUUCAUCUAUGCCUCUCUGGGGCCACGUUCAACUUCCUCAUGGCUCGCAUCUUGUGGACCCUCUGCCUUUAUGAUAAAAGCCAAGACGCAAAGAAACUAGAAUCCGAAGCCUACAUACACUUUUACCAGACUAUACGCUUUGCGGCGACUCAUGCUAUGAACAAUCACUCACGAACUCUUCCCACUUCUACUUACUCCACAGAUGCUCCUGUUUCCGGCGAGGAGAUGGAUCACAGCCUCUUACCCAUCUUAUAUAUCACUGGCCAGUGCAGCCCUUGGCCAUCAUGGCUCCGCUGGAUUGCGCAGCUGAUGCAGCAGAUUGGAGAACAAGGGCUAUUCAACGGCUAUGUUCUGUCUGCCAGCCUUAAAGUUCUACACAAAAUGGAACUCAGCCACAACUUGCUCUCGACCGAUAGGAUCGAGCGAUAUCCCAGCCCGGCGCUGCGGAUCAUCUCUAUGCUGAUACCGGAGACGAGCGCCCAAGGCUUUAUGUGCUACUAUGCCAAACCUUCUCGAUUCAACAGUGGUUGGAUCAAUCGGGGUACUUUAACGUAUUAUCCCAUCGCCCACGCGCGCUUCUCCCCCGAGCUUGACGAUAACAGCAUGGCUAAGCGAGAGAUUGACAUUUACGACGAACAGCGAUCAAUGGAAGAGCAGUUUACUUGGGAGUGGAUUCUCAGGCGUCCAAUUGCAAGUAGUUGGAAGAACCGCUCUUCACAAGCGAGAUUUAACCUCGAUGACAUUCUGCGUGACCAUAUGAAUGGAAGUCGGUUACUGCCGAUUAACCAACGGACACCUGGCGGGAGCGUAAUUGGGUACCAAUAAAUUUACUAAUGAAAGAAAGUAAUUAUGGGAAAGAUUAUCAUAUGACUUACAUUGAGCAACCGGGUGAAUCGGGC